CAGUGCGGCCGGCGUCCCCGCCCGGGCGUCACUCCCCAGCGGCCGCGUUCCCCGCCCCGCGGCCGGGGCAAAGUCCGGGAUGUGACCGCGUCCUUCUGGGCGGCGCGGACAGCGGCUGCGGGAGCCGGCAGAGCUCGGCGCGGCGGCGCGGUCCCAGCUGGGAGCCCCGGCCCUGUCCCGUCCCCGUCCCGUCCCCGUCCCGUCCCGGCCCCGUCCGGGCCCGGCCCGGCCCGCCAUGGCGGAAGUUCGCAGACGUCAGCAGGCCCGGGCGCCUCGCGAAGCCCCCGCCGGCCCCGCGGCGCGCAGACAUGCGGAGGCGCUGGGCAUGGCGCCGGCCGAGCCGCUGACCGUGCUGCUCAGGCUGCUGGCCGCCGGCUUCUACGGCGUGAGCUCCUUCCUCAUCGUGGUGGUCAACAAGAACGUGCUCAGCAGCUACAGAUUUCCCUCCUCGCUGUGUGUGGGCCUUGGCCAGAUGCUGGCCACCGUGGCGGUGCUCUGGGUGGGCAAGGCGCUGAGAGUGGUCAAGUUCCCUGACUUGGACAGAAAUAUACCUCGGAAGACGUUUCCACUACCUCUCCUAUAUUUUGGGAACCAAAUCACGGGACUGUUCAGCACAAAGAGACUGAACUUGCCGAUGUUCACAGUUCUAAGAAGGUUCUCCAUCCUGUUCACCAUGCUUGCAGAAGGAGUUUUACUCAAGAAGACUUUUUCUUGGGGAAUUAAAAUGACUGUAUUUGCAAUGAUUAUUGGCGCCUUUGUAGCUGCCAGCUCGGACCUGGCAUUUGAUCUGGAAGGAUAUGUUUUUAUUCUGAUAAAUGAUGUCCUGACGGCAGCAAAUGGUGCAUAUGUAAAACAAAAAUUAGACUCAAAAGAGCUGGGAAAGUAUGGCCUGCUCUAUUACAACGCGCUGUUCAUGAUUCUGCCCACGCUGGCCAUCGCGUAUUUCACGGGAGAUGCACAAAAGGCGCUGGAGUUUGAAGGCUGGGCCGACACCCUCUUUCUUCUGCAGUUCGCCCUCUCCUGCGUGAUGGGGUUCAUCCUGAUGUAUGCCAUCGUGCUCUGCACACAGUACAACUCUGCCCUCACGACCACCAUUGUCGGCUGUAUUAAGAAUAUAUUAAUAACUUAUAUUGGAAUGGUCUUUGGUGGAGAUUAUAUUUUCACAUGGACGAAUUUCAUUGGUUUAAAUAUCAGCCGUUUACUCAUGCUAGAUCGGUGCCGUGUUCUCUGGAGUUCAGCGAGAAGGGUGUCGGCUCUGCUGCGACUGCUUUUCCUGGGUCUGGCCUUGGCGCGUCACUGCCUUUCAGCUGCAUCAAUGGAGCCAGUGACUGUACUGUACAAAAGAUCUUUUCUUCAGUUUUAGCAAUUUGAAUUUCCUGGUUGUAAAGAUUAUUUAAAUGCUGAAAAACUACCCAAUUUCUAUUUGGACCAGACUUUUGUCCCAACUCAGACUUGGCUGUUUCCCAGCCCCUGGAGGCCUCCGGCUGACAGAAUCCAAGCGUGUCCCCCUUUGUUCCCCGUGGUCUCUGUCAUCCUGGUGGAACCCCUCCAGCUGCUCAGCUCAGGAGCCUGCAUGCACUCCCUUGCCCCUGCCUAGCCAGCGUGGCAGCAGAUGUUGGCAGAGUCAAUUCUCACAGGCAGCAACCUGUUGUCAUCACGUAAACCCAGCCCACCUGCCCUAGGCUGGACAUGCAGGUGGCCGGGCUGGAUUUCUGACCUCCCUGUCCCUGGUCACUUCUCAGCUCAGUGGCCAGUGUGUGCUUUGUGCACGGAGAGUCAGGGCGUGUCCUCCUUGUAACGCCCUCAGCCCACCGUAGACUCUCCAAGUCCCAUAGUCCUUGUGGUACCCGAGAGCCCUGUCCCUCUCCACCCCUCCAGCUCCAGCUCCUGGUUCUGCCUCCCCGCCGUCAUCCAUGCGGUCUGUCUGCCGCUCUUCGAGCUCUCCUCAAGAGCUGUUGGGCUGGGUGUUUUUUCUCCCGGGAGCAGUAGACUGCCAGGCGGUUGCUUGGUGAAAUUCUUCACACCUAUAUGUUUUUGCGCAAAUCUUACCUUCUCAAGUAAACCUACGCUGACUGCCUUAUUUUCAAGCUCAUUCCUGCACCACACUUUGAAUCUCUUAUCUUGCCUUUUCUAUUUAUCUUUUCCAGAGUAUUUAAUCAUUUUCUAAUGUCCUAUAUAUUUUUCUUUUGGUAUUUGCUGUUUCUUCUCUCCUGGAAGAAUACGCGUUUCAUAAGGGUAGAAAUUUCUGCCUGUAUUGUUCACUGAUGUUUUCCAGGCUCUGAGAAUGAAUCCUGGUAGUUGCUUAAUAAAUAUUUGUGUGAUUAAUUCUGUAUGGAUUGGUGAAAAAGUGCUUUAGAAGCUGUAAUAUGCUCUACUGGCACAUAGUGGUAUCAUCCUUUUAAUUUGCAGCAGAUUGUGUAACCUUUCUGACCUUUCGUUUCUUUGGAUGUAAGUAAUUCUGAAUCAUUAUGAAGAUUAAUGCUAUCAGUAGGCUAAUAAUUCAUGUUUGGCCUUCCCUGACAGAUGUUUGCCCCUGUUGUCUUUUGGAGGAAAAGCCAUGCCUCGUGUGGGACUUGCUAGAGGUUGGUGUGGGUCGUGAGGCCUGAAGGUUGGGUGCUGUCGCAGGCAGCUGCACGGUUGGGUGUUUGUCGGGCCUUGUUUGACUUCAGUUGAUGCUUGCAUUCUUUGUGACAUUGAGCAAGUUGUUUACCUUUCUCAGUUUCAAUUUUCCUGUGUUGAUAUGAAAAUAACGUUCACUGUAGAGUUGUUACAGUGAAAUAGUCUAGGGACUGCCAAGUACCUGUGCACUGCUUUCUCAGUUUCUUCUUUCAUUAGUGUUUGUGAGGAAGGAACAGGAUAUCUGGAGCAACAUGGUGAUUCUUCUCUGACCUUGAGUGUGGCCUGAUUUCAUUCAUUUCCAACAGUGUGGGUUCAAGAAGCAUUGUGAUACAAAUACAGACCUGACUCAGAUGGCGUGCAAAAUCAACAUACACUUAUAUUCCAAUAAACGGAAAAAUAAAUUAAAGGAACGAUCCUGUUUAUAACAGUAUCAACAAGAAUAAAAUGUGUGGGCAUAAACUUAACCAAGGCAGUGAAAACUAUAAUAUAAUGAAAAUAUAAUAGAAGAAAUGAAGGAAGAUCCAAAUAAAUAGGACAACGUCCCAUCCUCCUGGGCUCAAGACCUAAUACUCCUCAUGUUAAAUGUCCAUGUCCCUACCACCCAAAGCAAUCUGCGGAUUCAUUGCUGUUCCCAUCAAAACCCAAAUGGCAUUUCUUGCAAAAAUAGAAAAAAAAAAAUCCUGAAAUUCAUAUGAAAUAAAA